GUCUCCAACCGCGCCCUACUCGCUGCGGCCCCGGCAGAGUUCUCGUCCCUUCUCAGACCCGCUUGUCCUCUCCCGAGCCCCCCGGGUUUCCCCUGACUCCCGGGUCCGGCGGUUUCACUAGAGGGUCGAAAGUCCCGGCCUGCCGGCCUUGCGUGGUCGGAGCAGCCUGGGCGUGCUAGUUCUGGGCGUGGGCGCGGGGUGGAGACCCGGGCCGGCGCGCGGGGGCUGCAGGAAGCGGAGGCGGCAGCCACUCGGGGACCGGCUCGUCCGGCUUUGAGACACCCGGAAACGGAUUCGGCUCCGGUACCCGUGCGGGCCGCGUGCUUCGGAGCGAGCGAGAGGAGCGGCGGGUGGCUGCUGAGUAAUCCCCCGCGGCGGCGGGUGGCGGCGGCCGGGCGCCCACGUUCCCCGCGCGCCGCAGCCGGGCCGCGGCUCCUCCCUCCCGCGCUCCGCGUCCCUCCCCUCCGUCCCCUCCCCUCCCCCGCCGCCCGCUCGGCUCCGCUCCGGGCAGGUAGAGCCGGGCUCCGGGCGCGCGUGGGCCCGCCGCAGCUGCCUCCGGACCUCGCCUCGGCCCAGCGCCCGGCCUCGCGCGCCCAUGGCUGGCUCGGAGCAGCAGCGGCCGCGGCGGCGGGACGACAGAGACUCGGACUCCGAGGCGGCGCCGCUGCAGGACGCGGAGCUGGCCCUGGCCGGCAUCAACAUGCUGCUCAACAACGGCUUUAGGGAGUCGGACCAGCUUUUCAAACAAUACAGGAAUCAUAGUCCAUUGAUGAGUUUUGGAGCCAGCUUUGUCAGUUUUUUGAAUGCCAUGAUGACAUUUGAGGAAGAAAAAAUGCAGUUGGCGUGUGAUGACUUAAAAACUACAGAAAAGCUGUGUGAAAGUGAAGAGGCUGGAGUAAUUGAAACAAUCAAGAAUAAAAUCAAGAAGAAUGUUGAUGUCCGCAAGUCCACUCCCUCCAUGGUUGAUCGGCUUCAGAGGCAGAUUAUCAUAGCUGACUGUCAAGUGUACCUGGCUGUACUUUCAUUUGUCAAACAAGAAUUGUCAGCAUACAUAAAAGGUGGGUGGAUCCUUAGGAAAGCCUGGAAGAUUUACAAUAAAUGCUAUCUGGACAUCAAUGCCCUUCAGGAGCUGUAUCAGAAGAAGCUAACUGAAGAGCCCUCCACUUCUGACACUGCAAAUGAUAAUCACAUUGUGGCUGAAGGGGUGACUGAGGAGUCCCUAAACAGACUGAAAGGUGCUGUUAGCUUUGGAUAUGGCCUUUUUCACCUUUGCAUAUCCAUGGUGCCCCCAAACCUGCUCAAAAUCAUCAAUCUGCUGGGGUUUCCUGGAGACCGCCUGCAGGGGCUUUCUUCACUGAUGUAUGCAAGCGAAAGUAAGGACAUGAAGGCCCCUUUAGCUACAUUAGCUCUACUCUGGUAUCAUACUGUGGUCCGCCCAUUUUUCGCCUUGGAUGGCAGUGAUAACAGAGCGGGCCUGGAUGAAGCUAAGGAAAUUCUCCUCAAAAAAGAAUCUGCAUAUCCAAAUUCUUCCCUCUUUAUGUUUUUCAAGGGACGGAUCCAGCGAUUAGAGUGUCAAAUCAACAGUGCCUUGACUUCUUUCCAUACUGCUUUGGAACUUGCAGUAGAUCAGAGAGAAAUUCAGCAUGUCUGCCUAUAUGAAAUUGGUUGGUGCAGCAUGAUUGAACUCAACUUCAAGGAUGCAUUCAGUUCCUUUGAGAGGCUGAAAAAUGAGUCCAGGUGGUCACAGUGUUAUUACGCAUAUUUGACUGCAGUCUGUCAGGGAGCCACUGGUGAUGUGGAAGGGGCACAGAUCGUCUUCAAAGAGGUUCAGAAACUCUUCAAAAGGAAAAACAAUCAGAUCGAACAGUUCUCAGUGAAAAAGGCAGAGAAAUUUCGGAAGCAAACCCCAACCAAAGUGCUGUGUGUGCUGGCGUCCAUCGAGGUCUUGUACCUGUGGAAAGCCCUUCCCAACUGCUCCUUCCCCAACCUGCAGAGGAUGAGUCAAGCUUGCCAUGAAGUGGAUGAUUCGUCUGUUGUUGGAUUAAAGUAUUUGCUUCUUGGUGCCAUUCACAAAUGUCUAGGAAACUCAGAAGAUGCCGUUCAGUUCUUUCAGCGAGCUGCUAAAGAUGAAUUGUGUCGUCAGAAUAAUUUGUAUGUUCAGCCAUAUGCUUGCUACGAACUUGGCUGUCUUCUAUUAGACAAAGCAGAGACUGUAGGAAGAGGCCGAACUCUACUUCUUCAAGCAAAGGAGGAUUUCUCUGGCUAUGACUUUGAAAACAGAUUGCACGUCCGCAUCCAUGCUGCUCUGGCCUCUCUGAGGGAAUUGGUUCCUCAGUGACAGACCUGGAGUGACCCCUCUGUCCCUCCCCACCCAGGGUCUGCACUUUAAAAUAAAAGCAGAGGACAAAGCACUUGUGAAGAUCGACUUUUCUUCUGCAAACCACCUGUGCCAGGGACACAUUUUCCCAGUGAAGCUGACGUAUUAAAGAUCUCCUCUUUUAAAUAUGUAGCUGAAAAGUAAUAAUGAUGACGACAAUAAUAAUAACUAACCACCUGGGGAGAAGGUUAAGUGACCUUGUUCGAACAUUUUAGUUUUGUGAUUUAUUAUUUUUAAAAUAAAAUCAAACUAAAUAUACAUCCUGUGAUCUUGUAGGAAUGCCUACCUUAAGCAGACCUCAGAAUGGGUGACAUUAAGCAGCACCUGUAAAAUUAUUAACAGCAUCAAGACAUAGCAUUUAUAUUGUGUUUUGAAAAAAUAAAAGUGCUUUCUAGUGUUUUACUUUAGCCUCAAAUAUUCCUAUAAAUAACUUAGCACAGAUAUUCUUAUCCCUUUUCACACACAGUGAAACUCAGGCACAAAACAGCUAAUCCAAUUAAUUUAUUACUUAUAAAUAUUUAUUACUUAUUCUAAUUAUUCCUGUUAUCAGUGGAACAAUGAAUACAAAGCAGAUUUCCUAGCCACCAACCAAAUAUUAUUUUACUAUAAAAAACACACAUGUAUACAUAUACAUGUAGAUACACACACACAUUAAUAAUCUGGUAUCCCAUGGUUUACUUAUUAAAAAUAAAUGUUCUUCAGCUGAAGUUUUGUUAUCAAAAAUAUUCACCUCCAAAUCGUCUACAAAAUGUUUCGAAGUAAACCUUUUUUUUCCUAGUCUAUAAAUUAGAUAAAUGACACCUAUAUUUUAGGAGUGUUCCCCAUUCUUUGUGAAAGUUGCCUAGUGAUUAACUUUUAGAAAUCUUUUAAAAAAUUACUUGAAACAGUUAUUUUUGAAUGCAUAUAGGAUUUUUGGUUUUUUUGUUUUGUUUUUUGCCUCAAAAUAGUUGAUGAUGAAGUAUUUGCUAUACUAUAUAUUGCCAGGAUUUAAUCAUUUUCCCCUUAGCUCAGGUUAUUAGAUGUUAUAAAAGGAAUUCAAAUUAUUUUUUUAUCCCUUAUUGCUAAUUUUUAUCGAUAUUUGGUUUACCUCCAUGCAUAGUGCUGCACUCCUGGGGUUUUGAAGAAUCUAAGUACCUCAGUCACUUUCAAGAAUCUGACAUAAUUUGGUUCAAUCUUUAGGUUAAAAUUUUUUUUAAAUUUAUAUCCACCUAAAGGGUAUCAUUUUAAAGUAUCAUUCAUUUACAUAUUCUGUUGACUGAAGCAUCAUCUCACAUGAUGUUAAUACAUUAAUAGUUAUAAAAUAAAACAUGAGAAGAGCAGCUAGAAUAUUGGCAAAUUUAAUAUAAUUUAAUCUCAUUUCGAGGAACUGAUUUCUUUGAAAGAAGUUUCUCCUUACUGACUUGGGCUAAACUGUUUCCUCACUCUGAUAUGAACAAUUUUUGAGUGCACUGUUUCCAAAGUGUUUACUCAUAUUAACUUCCUGGUGUAAACACUGUGUGGAUUUUAGAUACCAGCAAGAGAGAAAAGAUCGCCAUCCUACAUUCAGUGAGUGAGUACAUCCAGAAGCCAAGAAGAGAAAUUAGCAUCUAAAAAUAUUGGUAACUAACAGGAAGAACAUUAUCAAUCUUUAAAGUAUGACUGUUGCCCUUUUUUUUUUUUUUCUCUUCUUAAUCUAUAGACUGCACAGCAAACUUUUCUGUUUUGAUUGUGGAGCUUUCUGAAUCAUGAAGUUCUUGACUCAUUCAUUCUUAUUUGAAUUUUCAGUUCCAAUAUCACUCAAGCUAUUCCAUAUUCAAAGAUUACAUAAAAUCUCAUGCUUUUCAGUUAAAAUUAAAACUUAGGUGUACAUUCAUGACUUUAAAAGUUACUUAUUUUCCCAUAAAGAUUCCAGGAAUUCAAAUAAAUUUGUGUUCAGCUCACAUUUAACUGAAUAGAUAACUUUAUAACAUCAUUCAGUAGUUUCUCUUUGCUAGCUGAAGUGUAGGUUUGUUUAAAAACAGUCUCUCCCAGAGAAUCCUUGUGGCACAUCUACCCACAAAUGAUGAUGAUUCUAAAGACUCCAAAAUAAUAAAAGUACAGUGUGAGUCUACUGUACCAAGAGGAUGGCUGGAAUCGGAGUAUACUCUGAGUUAAUUUGUAACAGUUAUCUGGCUGUGACCCACCCAACCUGUGAACUGACUGAUCUGCCCGGUAGCUUGGUUCAGUGUAAAUUGCUCCUUUCCCCUUACUGAUAAAGAAAAUAAUCACAUAAGUAGAGCUAUUUUCAUCUAUGUGUGCUUCUUUUUUAUGUUACCAUCCUUCCCCUUUCCUAAUUUGGAGGCUCUCAAAUGAAUCUUCUACUUUAUAAAUGUCAAAUAUAUUUUUGUAUUAGAUUGUGCCUAUGAUGAGAGAAAUCUCUAAUGUAUAUUUUAUGUAUGCUGAACACAUUUUUUAUAAUUUGAUGGACUUGGAGGCAUGGUCUAGUAAUAAUGAUGUAAUAUGUAACUUGCUGGUUAAUAUAUUUAAGACUUUA